GGGGCGGUCGGAGCCGCUAGUCGGGAGCGGAGCCCCAGAGAGCGGGAGCGCGCGGGAGGAGACGGGAGAGCAGCGCAGCCGAACCGACGAGAGCCUCAGCCGAGCGCGGCAGCCCCGAGCCCGGCCCCGCCGCACGGAGAGGCUUCGGGGCGGCCCGGCCCAGCAGCGCCCGCUCCCGCGCACCGACGCCCAGGUCGUCAGCCGGGCCCCGGGCCGCGGCCUCUCUCCGCUCCCUCCCCUCCUCCUCUCCUCCCGCCAGCUGCUGGUUCCUGCGCCGCGGCCAUGUCCUCGGUGGCGCUGGAGAUCCUGGGGCUGGGGCUGUGCAUCGUGGGCUGGGUGGGCAUCAUCGUGGCGUGCGGGCUGCCCAUGUGGCAAGUGUCCGCCUUCCUGGAGAGCAACAUCGUGACGGCGCAGACCAUCUGGCAGGGCCUGUGGAUGAACUGCGUGGUGCAGAGCACGGGCCAGAUGCAGUGCAAGGUGUACGACUCGGUGCUGGCGCUGAAGCCCGAGGUGCAGGCGGGCCGCGCGCUCACCGUGCUCGUGGCGCUGCUGGGGCUCGUGGCGCUCAUGGUGACCGUGGCCGGCGCGCAGUGCACCACGUGCGUGGCGCCGGGCAAGGCCAAGGCGCGGGUGGCGGCCGCCGGCGGGGCCCUCUACGUGCUCUGCGGCCUGCUGGCGCUCGUGCCCCUCUGCUGGUUCGCCAACAUCGUCAUCAGCGAGUUCUACGACCCCACGGUGCCCACGUCGCAGAAGCGCGAGAUGGGCUCGGCGCUCUACAUCGGCUGGGCGGCCACGGCGCUGCUGCUGCUCGGGGGCGGCCUGGUCUGCUGCGGCGCCUGCUCGGCCGCGGCCCGCGAGGAUCUGCCCUUCCCGGUCAAGUACUCGGCCCCGCGGCGGUCCACGGUGAACGGGGACUACGACAAGAAGAACUACGUCUGAGCCGCACGGAGCCCGGGGGAGCGCGAGGGAGCGGCCCCGAGGCCAGGGCGCGGGCGCACGACCGGGCCGCCCGCCGGCGCCCACCCUGCGGGACCCGGGCCCCCCACGCCUCCUCUCCCGGCCCGGGACGCCGAGACCCGGAGGCCUCCCCGGGGACCUCGGAGAGGGCGGGGUCUGGGCCGCGCUCACCUUCCCCGACCCACUUCGCCGCCCACCGAGGCCCAGAACCCAGCAAAGGAGUCCGAGGGCCGGCGGCUUGGAGAACGGCGGAGGGAGAGCCGCGGGAGCCGACGGAGCCCGAGGGGGAAGGGAGCAGUCCCGGUGGGCACGCUCCCGCCCACUGCCCCCCCGGGCGGCUCUGCCCUGGACCCGCGCAACGAAGCCGCGCCUUCCUAACUCACGACCCCCGCCCCCGCCGGGGGUCCCAGCCUUCCAGACUGUUCUUUCCGAUCAGGUGCCAUCUCUUCGAUAGCCCUAGUUUUGAUAUUCCAGGUGGUACCGGGUAUAGGAGGGAGGGAGGACCCUAAAAGGCAGAUCUCUCCCCCCUUCCCCUCCUGCUUUACCACCACCCAGUUGCGCUUUGGGAUACAAGAAGGGAAUCAAGGGCGUUACUUUGAGGACACUCCGAACCCGACUUCUGGGGCCAAGGUUUGAAGCCCAGGUGGCAACGGGUCUGUCCCAAGGCGGGGGGAGGGGCGCCCUUUGUGCCUCUCUGGAAUAGCAGACCCUUGAACUGGGCUCCCCAGCCAGCAGCUAUUAUUCGUCCGGCCCUUCGGGGUCUGCCUCGGAACCUCCCCCCAAGCCUCUUCCCGGGCUAGAUUUGAGCCCAAACCAUGUAGCCCUUCCUCCUUCCCUUCCCUGCCCCCCCUCCAGGGGAGAACAGAAACCGCUAGCCUGAGCGCCUCCCGCUUUCUCUGGGGAGGAUUUGGGACCAGCUCCUCUUGCCGAGUAGUUUUCGUUUUCUGAGAUGCUGAAGAAGGGUUUUGACUUUUGAGACUCCCCGCCUCCCGCCGGCCACAAGCCCAGGACCCCGCGCCCGAGGCGAAAGGCGAGCUGGGAGCUCGGUCGCCAGAUUUUUGCCGGAGCCGCCCCCAUCUGGUUCUCAGGCCGAGUCGUGCCCCGCGCCCCCUCCCUUUCUUGCUGGGGAGGACGGCUGCCCCCUUCCUCCGCAGAGAUAGGAAGGGCCUUUCCAGCCUUGACUCCGAGUGGGAGAAGGCUGUUGGGGAGGGACUGCCCCGGGUGGAUGCGGGAGGCGUUGUGGGGGAUGCCCAGGGAGGGAGGGAAGCGGGACAAGGGAGUCCAUCUAGCACUGAAUGUUAACUGUGCUCGGCAAAAGGUUUCAAUGUUGCUCUAUCUCGGUGGCUUCCUCUCUGUUUGCUACUAGGAGUAGAAGUGAGGACGUGCUGCAAGGACAUCUUUCUGGAGCUCCCCGCUCCCCCCUCUCCCCUCCCCCCUGCAUCUUUUUAGUGCUGGAUCUCCCCAUCCAGCCUCAGUUUCCUGCUAUGGAAAAUGCAGCUUGCUCUAGACAGGUUCUGAGGCUCGGUUCCAAAGCCACUCCCGAGUUCUAGCAUUCUCUAUUCCGUUGUCUCCUCCAGCUCAGGCCGUGUUCUAGGUCCUAAGUUCUCUUCAGCUUGGAUGUUCUCUGUUCUAAAGCUCCUUCCUCUUCUAACGCUCUUUUUAACUGGUCCUUCCUCCUUUGCCAGUCUGGGAUUCUGGGCGUCUGAGGCUUCCCAGGGUUGCUGGAAAGAGGGGCAUCUGCUACUUCCUUCCUAGUCACUUCCUGGGCAAAGCAGCCCAUGGAAGGGCGGCGUGGGAAUGGGAGGAGGGGCGGGCACGGCUCUGGCAGGCCCCUCAGAGUCAGGAGGGGAAGGUCGGUCGGGGGCAGCUGCAAACCUGGCCCUAGAGGGUGGCCUUUUGGAGACCUGGAGCUCUCCCCAAAGAGCACUUCUGGGUGGAAAGCCGCUCACAUCCCUGCCCUUCCCUCAUCCUUUGAGCAUUGCUUUCUCCUUUCUGGGUCUUCCUCCCCAGUAAGAGGAGAGGGUGAGACCCGCUGGCCAAGUGUGCCCCGCUGGAGAUGCCCCAAGAGAAGGGACGGCUUCUGGGACGCCCGGGCUUGCCUGCCCAUAUUUGUUACAAAAACCCCAGGGCAGGGUGGGGUAGGAUGUCCAACCAGGACAGAAUGUCAGAAUCGGAGGGACCGCAAAUGUCAUUUAGCCCAAGUUUACUUGAAAAAAUUUUGCUUGGGGAGCCCUGGGAUUUUUUUCCCCUCAUCCUCCAUGAUAAAAUAUCAGAUCAGAGUACUGCGGAAAGUAGCUUUGGGAGCUGGAUCUUUUUUUAAAAAAUUGUCCUAUGAUAGCCCAUGUAUAACCUAUAUCCGACUGCUUGCUGCCUUGGGGAGCGGGGGAGGGAGGGAGGGAGAAAAUAUCGGAACUCAAAAUCUGACCAAAAUGAAGGAUGAAAACCAUCUUUACACAUAAUUGGAAAAAUAAACAUCAUCUUCGGCAACAAAAAUUGUAUCGUUUAACUCUUCGGAAUAAUGCCGGCUGUAAAAAAUAAAAUGGUUCUUUCCUUCCC